AUGCUCCCUUUCGAGACUCCAAGCAUUUAUGACCACCUUCCUCGGUUUGUUUUCAAAAUGCCUCGAGUCGUGGCCGAUCAGAAGGCAAAGUUUGAAUCAGAUGAACUGUUCCGGAAGCUCAGUCGCGAAAGUGAGGUGAAAUACACAGGCUACAGAGAUAGAUCUCAAGAAGACAGACAAAUUCGGUUUCAGAGCGGGUGUAGGGAAGGACAUAUAGAAGUGGCUUUCACGACAACGGGAACGAAUCUACAGCUUGUUUUUAGCCCUUGUACCAACGGCUACAGUGACGGUUGUGAUUUUGAAAAAGAGCAAGGAAAGGUACAUAUAACGUCCAGUUUUAUAAUGAACGGAGUAUGCGUGAGAUGGAGAGGAUGGUUCGACGUGGAAAGGCUAGACGGAGUUGGGUGUUUAGAAUACGACGAGGAACGAGCACAGGUCGAAGAUGCUAUACUCAGGGAGCAAAUUGAUAGAUACAACCAGAGACUACGGGAUUUCGAAGAGAAACAGAGAGCUUAUAGAGCUCAGCAGGAGCGUCACGAGGAGGCGGAGACCGAGACAAAAAGGAAAAUAACUGAGCUUAGUUCUGAGCAGCGUACAAGCUCCACAAGCAACUGAGUAAUUAAUUAUCCAUUUUAAAUCUCCAUCCUCCCCGGUGACCUACCAGGAUUCGCUCGUGACCUACCAGGAUUCGCUCCGUGAUGACAGAGUUUCCAGUGAAACUGACCAGAAAAAUGUUAUCGUGUUUCGUCAGCAGAAAAUAUAACACAACCUGCUUAUGUGGGUUUGAAAACUCU